UCCAACGGCAAAGCACACGAUCAAAGCCUGAAAGCCAGCAGCCCUUGUCGUUGGUAUCUCUCUCAGUCCUCUCGAUCUUGUACGCCAACGAUAAUGGCAAGACUCACCGCAGCUGCCGGCUUAGCCUGGGCGACCUUGCUGGUGUGCGUUGCGCUCGGCGCCGGACAAGCUCAGCCUCAAGCAAACCUUGCUGCUUGGUUUCCUAGUGGAUCCCUGCCACCGCCGGUGAGGAUCUACUCCAGGCAGAACGACGCAUUGAACGUGGCCGUACGCCGCGGCAACGUCGUCUUCGCAAGAGCCGACUGCUCGGACGACUCACAGAAAUGGUACCCUCUGUACACCUCGGGAUCCUUCUCCGGACGGCAGCCGUUUUCACUGGUGAACGCAAAGACGUUUCAGGUCAUGACAAUUCCAUCAGGCAGUGGACAGAAGGUGGGACUGUCUGGCCCAACCGACGCAACCAGAGCCGCACGUGAGGAGCUGUGGACACCAGAGAAGCCGACGCGUGCUGACGGCUUCUUCCAACUGUUUGUUACCAAUAACCCAGCUCUUACCCUCAAUGGACUGAGGGGCGUGCGUAGCGGAUCGGAGGUCGGGAUCUUUUCCGCAUCACCAAACUCACUGAACGCCAUAUGGAAGAUUACUUCAUACCCACCUUGCUUGCCCUGAUGGGUUGGUCAACUUAUAGUCACGGACGAGAAGGCCACCGCCACCCGUUGUGUGCUUACGUGCCCGCUGAAGAAUAGAUUUCGCCUUGUUCCCUUAUUUAAUUCCAUUGUCCGUCGACUAUUUCCUUCCGUCAUCCUUACAUUUUUUUUUCAGAUCAUAAACACACAUUCGCGGACAUGUUGAUAUAUUCCUUUGGUUACUGCAAAUUUCUUUUGAGAAUUUCCCUUUGUGUAAAUCAUAUAUAUAUAUAUAAUAUUAUUGAGUUCAGCUAUGAUAUUGCUAUAAA